AUGGAGGUCGACCGCUUUACCAAGUAUCUCGCUGCCACUGGCUUUUCAGAUCGCGAAGAAGAGAUUAGAAGAUAUGUUGCACAAGGUGCCGAAGAUGUGCGCGCCAUUAUGUCUUCUCCUUUUUCUUCCGAUGAGAUACGAGAAAUUGCAGCUCGCGAGGUUCACCCAGCCGCUCGUGGACGUCAAGUCACUGGCAUCAUUUGGUAUCUCACUUCACUAGCGGUUGAACGCAAUCAGGCCUUUCUAUCGGGUGCUUUUCUCUGCCUAGACCUAUACGGUCGACUCUCUGCUUUCUUCUUGGCUAUUGGCACUCCGCGAACGAGCAGCCAUCUCAGGCGUCACAGCGCGCCGGGUUGUACCGGUGGAGUCGAUCUUGUUGUCGACGGCGCUUUACCACCACUCGCCAAUGAUCAUCGACACGUGUUGUUCACAGCUAUUUCCAAUGAUAAGCUCCGAGGGAGCUGUUUGUUCCUGAAACCAGAGCCGUAUGGGGUGUCUGGAAUUAAAGACUUUGGCCACCACGCUGAUCGCUAUGUCCGCUCUCUUGGGCGCCGGUUCCGUUUUGGCGGCAACGAUCGUGUUGGUAUGAGAAAGGAACGCAUUCCGGACCGCCUUGUCAAAGCUUUUUCCGAAGCAGUGGCUCAUCUUCCGGAUGGCGAGAGUGCUAUUGCAGAUGUUGGCAGAAAAGGAGCAGGCGAAGGCAUUGCCGGGAUGCAUUCUUACCUUACUGCAAAGAUGCACGACUCAAGUCUCUCCAAUCUUGCUAUGGUGGAGUUGCUGCAUCAACUGGAGGCAGAGUACGACUUUGUCAGUUUUCGGUUUGGCAACGAGGUUUGCCUUGAUCUCGGGCUCGAGGUGUCCAAGCCACUGCCCAAAGCUCCAGGAGUUCUUGGUCCGUCGCCGUCCCUUUCGUGGUUACUAGUUGCAAGCCUAAAGACUGAGAUGCCUGUGGUAACUACAGAAAUGCUGGAGUCGGUUACUGGUUUCUGA